AUGCCCAAGAUGCAUCCUAGGUUUAUCUGGACACGUAUCACAAUAAUAUGUUACUUCCCGUCUACCGCCAGACGUGUUACGAAUUACUUCUUCGGGAUCUGCGUGGCCCAACUGGUGUCUCUCUUUGUCAUAUUCAGUUUUGAGGAUGGGCUGAAGACGAUGAUCCUCAGCGAAAAAUCCGAUACGCCGUAUCGUGCCUUCAAGCGGUACCUAUCGACCGUGGUUCGCUUGAACAAUUGGUACGUGGAGGACCCGUGGGACCAAGAAACCCAGGCCCACCGUAAUGUCCAAAAAGUGCGCAAAAUGCACCUGGCGAUGAGACGGAGACUCCGCAGCUACGACUACGAACAAAUCGAUGCGAGCUCUCGAAUCCCGGAAGUUUGUUGUCCGUUGCAGGGGAUAAUAGUGAAAGACUUCAAGGACACGUGUCCGAUGGCGAACGACCUUCAAUGUCCUUUCACGAUGACUCGAACUAAGAAACAAUCUCAAGGCGACAUGUCCUGUACGCAGUCUGCGUUCAUGAGUAUGAUGGUGCUCUACCCUAAGAAGUUCGGCGUGCACAACGUCUGCAACGAAGACCUGGAGGCCUUCUGCCACAUGUGGCGAGGACUGGGUUAUCUUCUGGGCAUCGAGGAUCAGUACAAUUUCUGUUGUGGCGGCCUGCAAGAAGUGCGGGAGCGCAUCAAGAACUGUAUCGAGUUCUGGUUAAAACCGUACUUGCGGUCGGUGACGCCGGAGUGGGAGCACAUGUCGUUAUGUCUCUACAGAAGUAUGUACACCUUUGUACCGGUGCAAAAUUACAAGACACACUUGCUGUACAUCUGCGACAUUUUCGAGUUGAACAUGCCCCGUUUAUACCGAUCCAUGAGCUUAGUGGAGAAAAUGAUGUACUCGUGGAUGCACUUCCAGUUUGGCUACUUAACGAGGUUGCCUCUCGUCCAUGCUUUCUUCAGCACAAUAUUGUUCUAG